UAUUCUAAAGAGAAAAUGGUGAAACAUUGUUCAUUUGGAACGUGCAAUUCGGACAGUCGAUAUAAAGACAAGCUUAACUGUGCCAAGUUUAUACCGUUUCCUAAACCAAAGACGAACUUGCACAAGUGUAUGCGAUGGAUUGCGUUAUGUCAUAGGCCGCAGCAUCAGCUAAAUGUCAACAAAAUUACAAAAGAUACGUAUAUAUGUUCUAAGCAUUUCUUCAAUAUUGAUGGGCCAACAGCAGAGUACCCAGACCCAUGUGAUGCGAAAACAGGGGAAUUUAAGAAGGCGAGACAUCCUCCAUCCCGUCAGCCUCUCAGCGCAUUUAGUGGAAAUGCUACUUCCAGUAAUGUACUGUCAUUUAGUGAGGUCACUGAAGAUAUGGAGACCUGUACAAAGGAGAGUGAUGUUUAUCAUCAGGAAACUGCCUGUCAAACAAGUGAACAGUUAUUUUCAUCUAUGGAGAUGUUGGCAAUGGCAACCAGAAUACAUCAAUUGGAGAAGGAAAAUAAAGAACUACGUGAAGCUUUAGAAGCACUGCAGUCUAAUAACCAAAGCCUUCGAAGCACCCACACACAAACUGAUAUGCAUGUUCAACCUUUUAAUGUGGAGUUUGUGUCCAACUCAAAAAUCAAAAAAUUAUUUCAGUAUUACACAGGAAUAACACAUUUACGUUUUUUGAUGUUGAUAUCUUUUUUGUUCCCGAAUGGAACUUUUUCAGAUGCUAACCCCGUUACUUAUGAUUCAAAUAGGGAAGAGGUAAAGAGACUGCCUGUAGAUCAACAAGUAUUUUUGUUCCUAUGCAGAAUCAGGAAAGGACUUCAAGUUAAAGACUUGGCUUGUAGAUUUAAUUUGAAGAUUCAAAGUGUGUCAACCAUACUAAAAGGCAUCUCUAAGUAUAAAUAUUUACGUUUAGGAUCUCUCAGUUACUGGCCACAUAGAGAUAUAAUUAUUCAGAACAUGCCAUCUACAUAUAAACAAGAAUUUCCAAACUGUGUUGCUAUUAUUGAUUGUACAGAAAUCAAGAUACAAAGGCCCUCAUCUCUAUUAUGCCAAAGUCAAUGUUAUAGUGAAUAUAAAUCAGCAACCACCUUAAAAUCCCUUGUGGUGUGUGACCCAAGAGGUUCUAUUUUAUUUGUGUCUGAUUUAUACUGUGGAUCUAUUUCAGACAAUGAAAUUUGUACCAAAAGUGGAUUUUUUCAGUAUUUAGAAUCUCAGAUGAGGCAAAAAUAUUUACAUCCAGGGGACUCAAUAAUGGCAGAUAAGGGUUUCAAAAUAGAGGAUCAGCUGGCUGAACUGGGACUAAGACUGAAUAUCCCUCCGUUUGCUUCUAGAUCCCAUUCCAUGAGUGCAGCUGAUGUGACUUUAACAAGAAAAAUUGCUGCUCACAGAAUACAUGUUGAAAGAGCCAUUAAUCGAAUCAAGUGCUUUAAAUUGUUCAGCAAAACAAUUCCUGUCUCUUUGUUGCAUUGUGUAAAUGAAUAUUGGGUGUGUGCAUCUCUUCUCACAAAUUUUCAGGACAUAUUAGUGAAACUAUCAUAGUGUUCAACAUUUGUACAUCAGUUUACUUAUACAUGUAUUUACACCAUAUUUCUAUGAUCGAUAUCACUUGACAUUGGAUAUUUUUUCACAUUCCACUGCUGUGAUGAAAACAUUAGUAUUGAUGUUUUAAAUAUGUGAUAAAAAGAAUCUCCCAUGAUUUGUGGCUGGGUGUGAUUUUUUUAUCCCCUCGUUAUGACUCGGAGAAAAGAAACACACAACUUUUUGAAUAAAAAAUCACAUCCAAUUACAAAAUAUGAGAAAUCCUUUUUAUAAAUAUAUGCAAUGUUAAUAUAAAUUUAAAAUGUGAAAGUUGAAUUAACUUUUUUCAAUAAAUAAAGAUAUUUAUUUUGAGAA